GUCACGUCUAUCUCUUUAAAUACCAAGACAAAAUCCUGAGCCAACCACUUAAAGCAGCAACUUCAGGAGGAUAGCGAUCUGCCCGACCUUAAAGGGAUUUACAAUUUGUACCCCUAACUCAAGGAGUCUAUUUAUGAAGUGAGGUUACCGCUCAGAACAAGCGCGAUUUAAUUAAAACAGACGUUUCUAUGAGGAUUAUUCUCCCGGGGAUCGCGGUGGAGUCAGGCUCGUAGGCAGUCGGCAGGGGCUGAGAGAGGCACGGUCUAGAAGCUCUGGGCAAAUCGCUUGUGCUUUUUUUUUAUCCUUUUUUUUUAACCCUUGUCUGAGAGACCUUUCGAAGACAAAAGGAAACCUCACACGGAGAAACCCAAACAGAUAGAAUCGCACCCUUUGGUUAAUCUUUCAGCAGAGAGCGUUGGGAUUUUUUUUUAAUUAAUCCACAUUCUCUAGCACGCACAAUAUUGUUGCAUGAUUCCUUUAAGUGUCUGAGGGACUCUUUUGUGACUCAAAGACCGAUCAAAGGUAAUCGAAUGGACCAUACAAGCACCAGGAGCUGCAGCCGAGCCCCAACUUGCGAGGCCCAUCAAAACGAGCCUUCAAUGCGUGUAGUCAUCAAUACGACGACCGGAGCCCAGUAUGAUCUUUCUGUUCCAGUAGACGAGACAGUAGAAGGACUCAAAAGGAGGUUAUCACAGCGUUUGAAGGUUGCCAAGGAGCGUCUAGUCCUCUUGCACAAAGAAACGCGUUUAAAUUCCGGAAAGCUACAGGACCACGGAAUAGCAGAAGGAAGCAAACUAACCCUUGUCCCUACCGUAGAGGCUGGACUCAUGUCUCAAGCUUCUCGUCCGGAGCAGUCAGUAAUGCAAGCUUUGGAAAGCUUAACGGAAACUCAGGUCAAUGACUUUCUGUCGGGACGGUCACCUUUGACACUCGCCCUGCGGGUUGGAGAUCAUAUGAUGUUUGUUCAGCUCCAGUUGGCAGCCCAGCAGGUUGGCAGCCAGCUCCAGCACAGGCACGUGAUAGCCAGCCGGGAGAGCAGUGGAGGGGCAGCAGCGCCCAGCUUUGCUAAUGCUCAAGGACUUCACAGGCAAACUGUUGGAGCCUCAAACUGUAACCACAUAUCAGCCUGCCAGCAAGCGAUGGCAAGCCCUAGCCCUGCAGCUGCAGCCACCUGCUUUAGCACAGCUCGCCCACCUUCAGUCACCGCUGGAUCGUUCAGGUCACAUGGGGCCAGUACGUCAACAACCAGCCACAACAUUGCUGCUUCAUCUUGCACUGAGGGUGACUGCAGUACGAGAAGCAGUAGUCCAACUACUUCGAGCAAGUCGAGAAAGCCAGGUGCCAUCAUCGAGAGCUUUGUCAACCAUGCUCCUGGGGUUUUCUCCGGAACGUUCUCGGGCACUUUGCAUCCAAACUGCCAGGACAGCACCGGAAGGCCCCGCCGGGACAUCACCACAAUCCUGCAGAUCCUGAACGACCUGCUGAGUGCGACCCGUCACUACCAGGGGAUGCCACAGUCUCUCACGCAACUGCGCUGCCAGACACAGUGCGCGCCCAGUACGCCGUCACCUUCGCCGCCUUCCCCAGGCUGCUCAAACAAAACUACCUCCGAAGACACAAUGCAGCAACCGUUGCACUCCCUCGUCCAGUGCCAGAGCCAGAUCAGGAUGUGCAAGUCAAGUGGUGACCGACUGAGACAGACAGAAAAUCGUGCUACCCGCUGCAAAGUUGAGCGUCUGCAGCUGUUAAUGCAGCAGAAGAGGAUGCGCAGGAAGGCCCGGCGAGAUGCCAGAGCACCAUACCAGUGGCUGCCCAACCGCAAGUCCAGCCGGACAAAUAGCAACAGCAGCGUCUCUAGUGACGGCAGCCUAGACUUGGACUUUGAGGACUCUGUGUGGAAGCCUGAAGUCAAAGCUGAUAUGAAGUCUGAAUUUGUUGUGGCGUAGACCUACCUGGUAAGGGAAGGUGACAUGCAGGACUUCACUUUUGAUUUCAGCGGCCCAGUGUACUCUGAGCGAGCUUUCAGAGAUUGCAGAUGGGGUUUACGAAAGAUGAAGAGAGGGGGAGAGCGAGCAAGCACAAGGUCUCCUGAAAUCAGGACUGUACAUCUGAAAAAAAAAAACAUUUAAUUCCCACACAAAAAAAAAACAGAAUGCCGUCUGUAGUUCAAGAUGGAAAGAAGUGACAGGAUUAAGUGGAUCUAACAAACAGCAGCUAAUGUGUCUGCAGUAUCAAUAAACAGCUGUGUUACAAAUGGUCAGUUAUGACGGAGAUUGGAGAAGACUGGGCGUGUCCAGACAAGAGGAUGCCUUUCCUCAUGGUGGUAAAAGCUGCACGAUUAAUGCUGCUUGUUGCCGUGGUUGCAUUGUUCUUCACACGAAGGUAGCAGGAGAGCUGCAAUCACAAAAAGUCUUCUUUGCUUCAUUUGAAGGCCAAUGGGGGUACUACACUUUUAUUGGACAGAAAAGAAAUGAAGUCAUUUGGAAAAAAAACUGUAUGUAGCAUUGUUCACCGACACACUCUCGAAGCAUUCAGUUACUGAAAUUUUGCACAAUUUUUAACAGCGUGACAACAGGUAGCUUUUCAUUUUGAGCAAGUCUGUCCGAUGGUGACUGCAAGUGUACAUGGCAACACAUGUCUUGUCAGCCCUGAUGAAGCUCUGGAUUUUGGAGAAAAGGAUAGCAAGUUUUUCUCUGCAUCAUAUUAAUGGUGGCCAGCAUCAAAGGGGGAAAGGCUUAAAUUGUUGGCACAAGUAGAACUGUUCUGGGGAAACUGUGACAUUAAAUACAGUCAUUUUUUUUGCCCUGUUCUGGGGAGAGGGAAAGGGUGAAUCAAUCCAUGGGAAGUCCAAUAAACGCCUUUUUUGUAAUUUUUCCUACACAACUGAGCCAGAUCAUUUUGAGGUACACUUGUGGUACAGUUCUAGCUAGUGUAGACUGUAGAUAAGUUGUGAGAUCCAUCAUUCAAUUUGUCUCUUAUUGCAUUUUGCAUACCACACCUUGGCUUACCAGAAGACAGAAGCCAUGUUGGUUCUGUUUUCAGUGCAGUCCAGGCAAUGGGCAUUGAACUGGGCCUGGGAGCGAAGGUAAUUCUUAUAAUGUGGACCUUGGUUGGCACAAAACCUCUUACUUGUUUGUUCUACACUCUACAAAUGUUAUCUAUUUAGUCCAAUGGUACAAUUUCUAAUUUUCUGAGGAAAUAUGCAGAGUUUCCCAUCAUUUCUUUUUAAAUAAAUCUGUAUUUUGGGGUGUGCGCGUGUGGGGGCUGGGGGGUGGUCAUUAAAUCAAAAUUUGCUGCAUAAGCCUAUAUACUCUUUAUUAAAUUCAGUACUUAAUGAUAUUGGCUAUUGCUACCAAAUGGUCCAAUAUCCUCAAAACUGAGUGUUAGCUUAGUGAUCCUUAGUGGAGCCCAGUUUGGAAUUAAUUUUAAGUAUGUGGAAAUUGCUAAACAGAGCACAAUGCCGUGUGUGAAGUGUUUCUAAAAGUUUUUUUGAAAUAAUUGGGUUCAUGCUUAUCUGGCAGUGUAACUACGGUUGCAAUUUAAGUCAGAAUAUGAGGUGCCCAAGGUCCUACCAUUGCAAUACUGUGAUGUCACAAUAUUACACAACCCAAUCUCUUCCUCACCAGUCUCAGUAACACAAGUGCCUUUUUGUUCCCAAGUCUACUUCUGUGUCCUUGGCCUAUCAGCUGGGAGAAUUCCCCAUCUCUUCCACCUGUGCUCUUAAGGUCUGUGGAAAGGCCACUUUUUUUUUUCUGUCUUCCUCAUGUUGCUGCGUUCCUUGUCUUUGUCAUAGAAGUGAAACUUGUUUAUGCUUGCUACUGUACAAAAGAUGUCAGAACACUCUUCUCCAAACUAACUCUGGUUUUCAUCCAGAUGCCAUAGGGUAUGCCAUCUGGACCCCUGUUAUGUCCUGUACCAUUGUGACUAGGCACACGUUGUAACAUCCCACUUCUGUUUGUGAACCUCCUGCUCGUAUUUACUGUAGGUUUUUUAUAUAUAUACAUACACAUAUAUAUAUAUAUAUAUAUAUAUAUAUAUUUAACUGACUUUGUAUUGUGUGCUAUCCGUUGUGCCCCUAUCCUGGUUUUAAAAGAGAAACAUAAAGAUGCAUUAAUUCACCAAUUUGUUGGUGGGGAUUAAAUGUAUGAACACCUCAUUUAAAUAUUCUGUAUUCUUGUAGCCAAUUUAAAAAAGAUACAAUGUUCUAGCUAGGCUGGUGUAGCACAAAUGUGACUGUAUUAAUUUAUAAACCAAAAUGGUGACUGUGAACUAGGUAUUUAUUUGUGCAUUUGAAAAGUUUGGGGGAAAAACGACAUCACAGCUUGAACAUGGCCAGGGUUGAUGCAAUCUCCUCCAUGGAAUCUGCACCAGUUUCCAUUAUCGUAAGCAAUACAUUUCAUUGUGACUUGGAAUGGGCCCUUGUAGUUCACUUGGGAUGGGAUUAGUUACAUGUAACCAAACUUUUCUUGUCACUUGGGAUUUUGCAUUUACCUCUGCCUUACACACUUGGCAAGACAAAAGGGUGGACACACUGUUGCCCUAAGCAUUGGAAUGAAGCAGAAAACAGUAAAUUAUAAUGUAUUGGUAUGUAGAUAAACUUACAUGCAUGUAUCAUUAGGACUUGACAAUGGUUUGUGGGACAUACAGUAAUUGGUUGUUAUGUGGUAAUCUGAACAUGUACAAACUUGUAUUAGAUUUUUGUAUAGCAUUGGAAAAAGCGACUCCACAGGUAUAAAUAAUAAUAAUAAAAGACCAAACAUUGGUGAUAAACAUA